AUGUACUUGGAGGGCGUGGGCAAGGAGGACUUCGAGGGAUGCGAACGGCUCUUCUCGGAGUCUAACGCGCUCGCCGGGAACACGUGUCUCGCCACCACCUUCCACCGUGCUCAAGCAAUCGAACAACACUUCAGUUUCUGGGGCGAGCAGAAGCACACCGAGUUAGGCAAGUUCCUGUACAAUAAUUACAAGCAAGCUCUCGACAUCAUGUACGACGACAUGAAGGUCGUGGAGGUGCUGGGGCAGCAGCUAGGCACCAACGAGGCAGACUACGAGAGGUACCUAGUCGAGGAACGUGCAUACCUCGCAGGACUGAAGUCCGAACCGCCUGAAGUCACGCAAAGACUCGACUACAUCGAAGCGUUGAUGACGCUGGCUGACGCCGGUGAGACAACAGACGACAUUACACACGGAAGGAAUGCCGAAGGAUAG